AUGGAUCGAGGAGCAGCUAGAAGCAGGAAGCGUGCCGAGCAGUCUUCAAAAUCUGCGCCUGGACCCUCUACCACAAAAUCAGAAAAGUCUGCCGAGACUCGAAAGGGUGAUGGUCAAGACAAGAAGGACGAGCGGCCUCCUAGGAAGCAACAUUACGGCCAAGGCGAGCAGCCCAAGGACCCGAGCCUCUACAAGCCCAAAGCUGUUCGCAGUGCAGCUGCUUUGAUAUACUCGGAGUCUGCUUUCCCUAUACCGCCGCCCCAGGAAUCUCUGAAGAAUGUCAGGAGAGUGGAUUUGUCCGGUAGUGGUGCCCAAGAUGUGUCUUGGUUGGAGGGCAUGGGCGUCACUUGGCUGAAUUUGGCGGGAUGCCCAGUGGAGAAGGGCUGGGAGGCGGUAGGAACCUUGUCGGAGCUUACUGUCUUGAACAUUAGCGGCACCGGUCUCAAACAGCUCCCUUCCGCUUUGAAGGAUCUGUCAAACCUCAAGGCUCUCGUCGCAAUGAACAACGAAUGGACUGAAAUCGACUCUGACGUUGUCGGAUCCUGGUCUCAACUGAAUUCGAUCAUUGUGUCGCACUCUCCCAAUCUUUCGUCCCUCCCCCACUCUCUCUCCUCCCUUCACCACCUCAACAAAAUCACCUUCUCUCAUUGUCCCCGUAUCAGCGCGGCCUCUCUCCCCAACCUAUCCUCUCUUCCCCUUCUUCGAGACGUCAAAAUGAACAAUCUUCCUUCCCUUACCUCUCUUCCUGACCAUAUCUCAUCUUGGGGCAAGGGAGACAUGUCGCUCGUUGGAAAAGGGGGCGAUGAAAAGCAAUUCGGUGAUGGGCUCCUUGUCCUUGACCUGGGUAAUUGCUCUCUGGAUUACCAGUCCGUCGCGCCUCUCUUUGGUCUUACGGCAAGCAAACGCAAGCCUCUCUGGCCCCACCUCCGGUCUCUCUCCCUCCAUUCCAACCCUCUCUCUACCUCCCACCCCACAUAUUCGGAACUUCUCCAGGCAUCUCCCGAUCUGCCCAGCCUGCAGAUUGUAGACGCUCACCGAGUGAAGGAGAGGAAGAGGAAAGGGGAGGUCCAAGAGAGUAGAUGGAAAAAGAAGGGGCGAGAGAGGAGAGUUGGGAGAGAAAGGCCGACGGGGGCCAAUGAGGCUGGAGGCAAGAUGCGAAAGUGGGGUGCGGAGGAAGAGACCCAGCAGGCUGCGCCGGAAGAAAGGGCGGAAGAAGAGGGCACCAAGCCCAAAAAAGAGAAGAAAGAGAGAAAGGAGAAGAAAAGCGAGCAUGCUGAGAAGCCGUCAAAGAAGAAGAGAAAGCAUGGCGUCGUUGACGACUCUGAGCGAGCUCCGGAAUCUGCGCACAAGAGAAAGAAGCACGACAAGGCUCCUUCUCCUGUACCCACUUCCUCUGCCCCAGACCCCACUGCUGACCUUCGAAACCCCGCUCAAGAAACGUCCACCACAGUCAAAGAUUACCGCAAGGACAAGUCUGCUGUGGUGGGUGUUGUGGAGGUAAAGAAGGACGGAGCGGAGGUCAAGUUGACUGGAAACAAGAGGAAGAAGAUGCAAGCCAGAGGACAGGCUGGGCAGAGCGGCAAGGGAGGUGUGGAUCUCAAAGAGCUGUUCGGAAAGGAGAAGGUGGAAGAGGAAGCGCAGGAGGGAGAAGGAAGUGGCCUUGGGGUGGGGGGUUGGUAA